CUUGUUUGCCCUUCGCAUUGUAUGUCAUUGACGCUCCUAUCCCUUUCAGUACGCGCCUCCCAAUGUCAUAGCCAUGGAUGCCAUCUCGUUCGUCUUCACCAACGCGGUCUGUCAGCCAGUGACGUGUCUGUUCAUAAAGCUGAUGAUGAUGCAGGACUUUACGAAAGUCAGCCAGACUGCACCCGCGGGCGUCACAGCCACGUACACGCAAGGAAACUCAUACGUCGAGUGGACGAUGGGCAAUGUCGACAAGGGCAUCGCAGAAACCAUCGUCUUUGACGUCUACUACACUGGCCACGAAAUCGUUGGUGCCAAGAUGGUCAGCGCCACCAAGGGCACCGUCUCAGGCUUCGAUGACUGGGACCUGUUCUGCAACAACGUCAAUGUCCACAAGCUCAAUUAAGCUUGCUGGGACACUGGAUCUUGUACGAUUGCAAUGCUUGGCUUACUGCACA